ACACGUAUUAAAAAAAAAAAAAAGGAGUCACCCUGUUUUACCGUCAACGUUUUUUUUUUUUGGUUCCCCGGCUAAUUUUUGCUAUCUUUUUUAGGUUAUGUUUUAAUUGAGGUAUUAUACUAACUGUAUUAAAACGUAUUAAAUUAAAAAAAAAUAAUAAUUAAUCAAUUAAAUAAAAUAAUGAUUAUUUGUAUUAUUAAUUUAUAAUUUAUAUAUAUUAUAAACAAAUAGUUUCAAUAAUUAUUAUUAUAAAAUAUAUGCAAUCUCACACACACCGGUAGCAAAAUGACGCGCGCGUCAUCAAAAAACAAAAAUAAUAAUGAUAAUAAUGCAUAAAAAAAUGUGACGCUGAUGAUGAUAAAAUGGCGGUAUUUAUUUAAAAUGGCAGGCAGUGUUGUCAUUGGUUACAAGCUCAUGUUACAUCACCAAUUUUUUUUUUUUUUAUGAUUUUUAAUAUUAAAUCAUGUCAAAGUCAGUGGCAAUUUAUGAAAAGCCAACAUCACAUCUUGGUUUACCAGAUUGGUAUGCUAAACAAUGGGAAUUAAAAAAUUUAACUAAAAAAAAUAUUGAUGGAUCAUUUGAUUUACGUAAUUCAUCAGUAACUUUAAGAAAUGAAACAAAAAUACAAACAGAUUGGGAUUUACGUAUAAAUAAUUCAAGACUUGAUGAUAGAAUUAAAGAAUUAAAAAAUUGGCAUGAUUUAUUUGGUAAAUUAUUAAAUAAAUUAAUAAAAGAAAAAACAUAUUUACAAGAUGAUAAAAAUGAGACUGAAAAACAACUUGAAAAUAUUGAACUACCAUUGCAAAUAAUAUCACAAUGUAUAUCAAUGAGAGAUUGCAGAAGAAGUAGCGAAUUAACAUAUGAUGAACCUGAUACUGAGCUAAAAAAAGAAUUAAUUGUUGUUGAAUCUGCUAAAAAAUUAUUGACUGAAAAAAUUCAUGAUGCAUGGAAAAAGUUAAAUAGACUUGAAGAAGUUAAAUUUGAGCUUAAUCUUGAUUUUGAAAAUAAACAAAAUGCCAUUGAAAUUGAUUAUGAAAGUUUCAACUUAGAUAAAAAUUCAGCUGGUAUUUCUUACAAGCCAAAUUCCAUGAGAAUUCCAAAAAACUCAAAAACAUAUUCAACAUGGAAUGAAAAUUGUAAAAAAAUAAAAGAUUUAGCUGAAAAUGAAUUACAAGAUGCAUAUAGUUUUCGUGAAGCAAUGAAUGUAUCAAGAAAACGUACGAAAAUUGAAAUUGAAGCACAACAAGAUGCAACUGAUUACUCGCUGAGAAAAAGAAUAUACACAACUCAACAAUCAAGAAAUGAAAUGGACUGGCAAAAGAGAAAAUUGAUAAAUGAAAUGGAUAUAUUGAUGAAAGAAAUAAAUAAACUUGAAGAAUCAUUGAGAGACAAAAGUUAUUAUAUAAAAUGUGCUGAAACAAGAUUAGAAAAUAGAACAUAUCGUCCUGGUUUUGAGCUUUGUCGUGAUGAAACUGAAUUUGGUUUGACUGAUGAAAUUUUACAAUUACGAAAAACAAAGCAAGAUUUAAUGGAAAAAAUUAAUUCUUUAAAAACAACUUACAAUGGUCUUGAAUCAUUGCUGAUAAAAAUCCAAGGUAAUUUGGAUGAUAAACAACACUCAAUGAUGACUGAUAUUAAAUGUCUUGAUAUUCGUGCAACUUUAAAACGUGGUGAUCGUUCAAAACUACAAAACGAAACUGAUCGUAACAUUGUGUUGACUCAACUUGAAAAAGAAAUACCACUACUUGAUUAUUAAUUACCACUUGCACAAAAAAAAAAACCAAGCAAUCUAGCACUGAUUAUAUUCAACAAUAAAAAUAAUAAUUCACUCUGCACAAUUGUGAUGAUAUAAAUACAUCAUUUGAAAAAAAAAUUUACAUAAUAAACAAAUUUUUAAUCAAAC